AUGGUGCCCACAGCCGUAGGCGCGCGCUGCGCUCGGGUAUAAAUUGGGCCCGGGACCCAUCAUUCGGCACUCUCUCAGUCGCUCCGACUCGGGAACCAGAGCAUCAGCGGAGAUAGCAAGGAAUCAGUCGCUAAACUCCUUAGGCUAACUCGCUCUCGGCUUUGGUUCGGAAUGGAAACAUCAACUUUUACGCGGAGCCAACGCAGCUCCAUUGCGCACAACUUUAAGAGUGCGCUCUCGCUGUGGCUGGUUGUCUGGCUGGUCGUGGUAAAACCCGUUCCUGCGCAGAACUGCCCUCACCGGUGCGUGUGUUACCCGACCCCCAUGACAGUGAGCUGCCAGGCGCAGAACUUCACCAUUGUGCCCCACGGCAUGCCCUACGAAUCCCAGCGCGUUUUUCUGCAGAACAACCGCAUCACUGAACUGAGAGUGGGGUCUUUUGCUUUUGGAACACAGGUUUUGUGGCUCUUCUCUAACAACAUCACCUGGAUUGAGGCUGGUGCAUUCAGCGAGCUGCGCGAUCUGGAGGAGCUUGAUCUGGGCGACAACCCUCACCUGCACCGCCUUGAGGGUGGAGCUUUCCGGGGCCUGGAGAAGCUCCAGAGCCUCCACAUGCACCGCUGCCGGCUUGCUGCCCUUCCCCAUGACAUUUUCCACAAGCUCUACAGCCUGCAGUUCCUCUACCUGCAGGAGAACCAGCUCCACUUCAUCCAGGACGAUCUCUUCUCUGACCUGAUCAACCUCAGCCAACUCUUCCUGCAUGGCAACCGCAUCCGCACUCUGUCCGAGAACGUAUUCCGUGGCCUGGUCAACCUCGACCAUCUGCUGCUGCACGACAACAGGGUCCGUCAGGUCAAUCGCCGCGCUUUCCGUGAUCUGGGCCGGCUGACCAUGCUCUUCCUCUUCAACAACUCCCUAGCAGAGCUGCCCGGUCAGGCCAUGCGUGACAUCUCCUCCAUCGAGUUCCUGCGGCUGAACAACAACCCCUGGGCCUGCGGCUGUGAGGCUCGUCCCCUGUGGGAUUUCUUCAGAGGCGUCCGUGUGUCCAGCUCCGAGGUUCUGUGUGCCUCCCCAGCUUCUCGUCGUGGACAGGACCUGCGCUUUCUGAGGGAGAUGGACUUUGCUCUGUGCCCUCUUCCCGACCCCAGCUCCCUCUCUGGCACCACCACCACCACCUUCAGCACCAAGACCCGCUGGUGGUUCUCCAAGCACAAGCCCGUCAGCACUUCAAAGGGCAUCUUUGAGAAGACCUCCGAGACCAAGGCAUACCCCUUCAAGUCCCAGCAUCCCUCAAUCACAUCUACAUCCACAAAAUAUGAGCUUGGGGAGGAAGAGGCUCUUCUUCCCAAGCUUGACCCAGAAGAGUAUUGGGCCAACUAUGGCAAUGAAGAUGCGGGCAUCACCUCUUUGCGCUGCUUUGAGCUUGAGUGCCCUCCCGAAUUUGACUCUCUGCCACCAUCUUCCUCUACUUCUCGCUCCUCAUCUUCUGUUCUCUUGCUACUCUCCAUGUCUGUCUUGACUGUCUGCAUCCAUCUUCUUUUUGGCUGAAUCUAUUUAUCUCAAGAAGAACCCUCUUCCCCCUCAUUUUCUCCUCUCUGGAGGAGGGAAAACCCUGUUUGCUCAAAUUAACUCUUCAAUGCCUUGAUUCCUGUUUACUAUCAGCCUCACCUGUAUCUCUGUUCUGUUCAGUUCGAGCCUCUAGUUCCUGGUAUCUAGAGGGCACUAGACUGAUUUAGGAUACAGUGGGUAAGCAGGGAACGUUGGGCGGUACAGGCCCUUAAUGGAAAGUAAUGAAAGCUGUUCAGAGGGCUUGGUUAAGUUAAGCAGAUACUCGGUCCUUCUUUAUUUGAGGACAAGUGUAUUCUAAGCCGUCUCUGUCACAGUCAGUGCAGACAGAGGAUAGAAAUUUCCAUCUUAGGUUUACGUACAAUAUUUGUAUACUUUUAGACUUUUCAGCCACUGUAAGUGCUUCUAUGAUAGUUGUAAUUAUAGCUUGUGAUGUCACUACGACACCCUCUUUCCAACAACGCCACAGCUCCAUUAUUUCGGUAGUUAGUUGGUAACAAUAGCAAAAUGAGCAAAUCUUUUGAUUCCCUUUGGAAGCAGAGAUCGAAUGUUAUACUUCGUCUAUUAUAACAGAAGGGUCUCAAAAUCAUUCAGGGCUUGAAAAGCACAAAAGGAAUGGCGUGCAGCAGCGAAGCAAGAUAGAUAAAGCACAAUGGAGUGAUGAAUUUGAAAGUGUUGCAAUACAACUAUAAUUUAAGAUGCACGGAGAGCGCAAAAGCACAUGCAGGAGAGACAGAGAGCACGCACAAGAAAAGGCGAAAGAAUUCAUUACAUCACCCACCAGAUAUGACAGCAAUUAUCACUUGUGUAAAUAUGACAUCUUGGCAGAGGGAGCUGUAAAUAACGCUAUGAAAGGCCUUAUGCUUGUCACUGUUCUGAAUGGCCAAGAAUGUCACUGUGAGUAACAUCUGUGAUAUCAUUUGGUCAGUGCAUGGAAAGAUCAAUCUGAGUGUGAAUGUCCUUUUUUACUGUAUGUCUUUCAAAAUACUGUUAAUAUGUUAUUACUGUAAAAUACACUACCUACAUUGUUCCAA